AUGGGCUUCCUCUCACUUCCGCGCCCAAAUAAGAAGGCUCCUGUCUCACUCCCGAAACGGUCCACUUCUUGGUUUGCUCCAGUGCUGCCCGACUGGCUCGACAGCAAAACUACUCCUACCUUUACUUCUACUUGUCCUUCCUCUACCCAUUCGGACACUAUAUCAAAACCUCGGAACCGUCGCACGACAACCCGCUCCUUCUCACGCAUCCUUGAACGUUGGGCGUUCAACUUUGCCACCACUACAGACAAGACCAAGUCGGAGCGUACUUUGCCAGGCAACCAUCCCAUCGGCACUCCUCGUACAAAGAACACUGGUCGCCGCAACGUGUCUCCCGAGGCCGUCAUGUCGCUUCCACCCGGCGCGGCAGCUCCAACACUCGGCCGCGUACUCGACUAUGACAUGAACAAUGCCGAGUUCUUUUCGAGGCCCUCGAUCCACUUUGGUACAGACGACUGCGGGCAGUCGACGAUCAGGUGUAUGAGCAUGUCGCUUGACGCGUUCAUCUCGGGAACUCAUGUUUCCGCCCACAGGAACAACCAUUACCGCCCAUCCUCUACCAUCAUGUCUCACAACAUGACAGGCGCCCCUGCCAUUCCUCCUCGCAGCCACUUGCGUGCUGCUUCGUCGUCCUACACCACGAGUUCAUCCACCUCGUCUUCCCCCAUCGCAUCUGGCCGCAGUUCGCCAACUCGCCCGUACGUGCUCGACGUUGCGCCUCCAUCGUCCCGCUUUGGCCAGUAUUGCGAACCCGUAGAGGAGAUCAUCAACUUCCGCCCCGGGCCGCAGCGCCAACGCGCAAGUUACGACGACCACCGUGACCCUCUCAAAGUGCGCGACCAUCGCCCACCACGCAAGAGUUCCAGUGGAGUCUAUACUCCCGCCACAUUCCCAGGAGCAAGCCACCGCCCUUGUCCCUCGCAAUCACUUCCAAGCCCAGCGCCAUCUUCGGUUUCUCAGCCUACCUCCCCGGAUACACUCUACUCCUGGUUGCGGCCGCGCACCUUGGCGGGUCUCAAGCGUGUUUCCAGCAGUGACAGCACACCUGUGCCACCCAAGACAUCGCAGCUGGACGAUCGCAUGAGCCACUACCCCCGCCCGUCUGGGCUUAUCUACGCGUCCGUCGCCUCUUCCCCACCAGUCUCCUUGCCCUCGACUCCCCGGAUUUCAUCGAACGGCUCGUACGGCUCGCGGUCGAGCCACUCGCCACCAAGCAGUACCCAGUCGGUUACAUCAGUCAGCCCACCUACGACGCCCACUACCCCAAUGUCGCUUGCUGUCGAGCACGGCAUCAUCACGAUCGCCGGUGACUCUGUCGAUGACAUCCCCACCCUCGACGUUGACCCCACUCCGAAAUCGUCUCCCCGUCCGAACCAGAUUUCUCCCGCACCUAGCGCUGAGCGCAUCGUGCCCCUUUCACCCACCGCACCUAAGCGUGCCCGCCGCAAGCCGGUCCCUCGUCUUGACGACGACCUUUCUGAGCGCCUCGAGGCGGUCAAGAUGUAA